CGCGCGCGCGCGUAUGGACAAUAUAAAAUAAACAUAUUAUAUUUGUCGAGUAUUAUCGUUUGCAUUAGUUGGAAAUGUACUGUAUUACUCAUAAGUUCGACUGAUCAAUCUGUUAAAACAAUUACCAAAUUCAACAUCCUCUAAUUGAUAACAACAUUAAAUAGGUGGUUUUUUUUUUAAUUGCAUGUACCCAACGGUUUAAUUUAAAAUAUUUUUUAAACAAUUUUGAAAUCAUGGAAACAUGGGAAAAUUGGAAAACUGUGUCCUUACUCGUUUGUGUAUUUGCUAUGGUUCGAGAAAUACGACCAAUUGAGCCAUUUUUCACGUCAUUCCUCAUAAGUAUGAAUUUCACAUCAAACCAGAUCAACGAAGAAAUAUAUGCAGUGGGAACUUACUCGUGUCUAGUAUUAGCUGUUGUAAUAUUCUUAGUUACAGAUUAUUUUCGGUACAAACCAUUGAUCAUUGCCGAUGGAAUUGCUGGAAUUUUCACAUAUGCGUUACUACUAGGAACACCAAGUUUAUUUAGAGUUCAAAUGGAACAAAUGUUCUUUGGAUUUUUUUAUUCAUCAGAAGUUGCGUUCACUACGUAUUUGUAUGCCAAGGUCGACGACAAACAAUAUUAUCAAAAAAUCACCAGUCUAGUGAAAGCAUCUAUGUUAUUCGGCAGAUUCCUGUCUGGAUUAAUUGCGCAAACUGUUGUUUCAACACACUUACUGAACCAAGUGUAUCUACUAUACAUCAGUAUAUUUAGUACUUCAUUUGUAACACUGUGGUCAUUAGUUCUACCUAAAGUACAACACAGUUUAUACUUUCAUAGAAAUAAGGAACUAACAGUAAACAAUAAACGACAUCAAUCUAAUGAGGUUGUCAUUGAUGAUAAUGUAUCAAAUGAUGUUCCUAAAACUUCAAACGUUUCUAAAUUUAAAGAAGUCAAACAGAUGAUUUUUGAUGACUUUCAAUCGGCGUAUAAGAAUACUUAUGUACUGAAAAAAUGUUUUUGGUGGAUAGUUGCUGUUGUUGGUAAUAUUAUAGUAGCAACGUAUAUUCAAGUUUUGUGGGAAGACGUGAACAAAGAUAAAAAAGAACUAAUGAAUGGCGCCGUCGAAUCUGUACACACUCUUUGUGGUGCUGCAGGUGCAUAUGCAGUUGGUCACUUGAACUAUGAUUGGAAAAAAUUUGGUGAUAUUAUAUUUACAGUUGGAACCUUUGUUUUGGCUUUAUUAUUAUUCAUAAUAUAUUCUUGCAAUUCAUUAUGGAUAUUAUACCUAUUAUACAUAAUGUUUGGUACUUGUUACCAAAUAUUGUUAACUAUCACCACCUCUGAAGUUGCGAAGCACAUAAAACCUGACAGUUAUGGACUAAUAUUUGGUUUCAAUUUGUUUAUGUCAUUAUUGAUAAUCUCAAUAUUUACAUUAUUAUUUAUUCAAGGCCUUGUUGUUGUUAUAGGGACAAAAAAUCAGAUAUUAACUGUUUCACUGAUGUUUGCUUCAAUGUCUGCAUUACUAUUUAUCGCGGCUGUUAGAAAAUGGAAAAAAUAAAUUUCCAAAUUCUGUGAACCAUUGAAGAACGCUUUAACCAAAAACAUGUAUCAAAGUUUAGAUUUAAAUUAAUAUUUAAAAAAGACAAGGUUGAAAUAUUUGUAAAAGAAGAAUGAUGCCUGUAUGGACUUAGGAUAGCAUUUCCUAUAUUAGUUAUCUGUUUAACAUAACACCUUUGCAUGAAACAGUCAUAAUACAUCAUAAUUAUUUUUUAAUUAUUUCUGAUGAUCAUUGCAUUUGAAAAACAAUUAUGUCGAGUAUCUACAUAUUUAUUUGUUGAUGGAAUGCUUAAACUUGUAAGUUGCAUGAAAUACUGUGAUUUAGAAGUUUCUUUUUUUGAAAUUCUUAAUAGAAUUGAUUGAAAAAAAUGUUAAGCAAGUAUACUUCAUACUUAUUAAAAGUAAAACGAGUUUUAUUCAAAUUGGUUUUUGGAUGCCAAGAACUGUUUUACUUCCGUACUUAAUUAAUUUUAAUAUUCAAGUUUGUAUAAUUAAUAUGUAUCUAUAUUUCCUACAUAGUUAUAUAUCAUUAAAUGUAUAUAUUAAAAAACAAAAUAAAAACAGAAUGUGUGUGUAAUUUAUCUUAAGAAAAUAAUAUUUUAUUAAAUAUUUUAGACUAUAGCGUAUGUGAAAAUUAGAAAUAUUGAAGAUUACAUAAAAGGAUGUCAGUGCACUAUUUGUGUUAUCUUUUAAACCUAGAGCACAAUAUAUCAAAUUUGCAUGCAGUUAA